CCAACCAAAGCUUUCCUCGAGAUAGAGAGCUGUAAGAGAAACGUGGCUCGCGUAUCCUCUCCCUCUGCUAUGGAACUCACCGUGGCGAUCAUCUUCCUGGUUCUCUCUCAUGCCAUUUUUCCGGUCACAGCCGCCGGAGGUACUGCCGGUGGUGGUGGCGACGCUACCGAGUUCAUCCGCACCUCGUGCAAAGCGACCCGAUGGCCAGCCAUCUGCUUCAGCUCGCUCUCGGCCUAUGCCGGCUCCGUCCAGCAGAGCCCCUCCCAGCUUGCGAGGGUGGCCAUCUCCGUCAGCCUCUCCAAAGCUCGCACCGCCUCAGGCUACGUCGGCAACCUCUCCGCCAACGCUCCGCCCGGCUGCGACCCCCGCUCGAAGAUGGCGCUCCAUGACUGCAGCAAGACCUUCAAGCAGGCCAUCGGCCUCAUGGCGCAGUCGCUCGACGAGCUCCGGUACCUGUACGCCGGAAACUUCCGGUGGCGCAUGAGCAACAUCCAGACUUGGAUGAGUGCGGCGCUCACCAACGAGCAGACGUGCGUCGACGGCUUCGAGGGCGUGACGACCACUGCCGCGCUGCCGAUCAAGUCCACCAUCGCGAACAAAGUUUCGGAUGUUAGUAAGGUCACCAGCAACGCUCUGGCUCUCGUUAACUGCUUGGCCGCCAAACAUGGCCGGUGACCGGAAGCCGGGGGCAACUUCCGGCAGCUGAAAAACAUUUGUAGAAAGAGAACAAAUAGCACUAGAAUCACCUAUUAGUUAUCUCCCUGUAAUUUCCUGUAACAGAACUUGGCUUUCGGCUUGUGUUGUUUGUUUGUUAGAACGUGGAAAUGCGUUGCUUGGACAUUUAUGUGAAUCUGGUUGCUUUA